AUGGACCCAAACUUUGCAUCGCUUGGCAAGAGCACCACCGCCAAUGGCGUUCCCUCAGCCCGCCGCAGCAGCGUCAUCCAACACGAUAACGGCUCCCACAGCAGCAGCGGAUCGAGACGGAGCGCCUGCGACCGCUGCCGCGCCCACAAGCUGCGGUGCGUGAGGCCGCCCGGCUGCGACUUCCUCAGCGAGGGAGCCGGGGGAGGCUUGCCGGCCUGCGAGAGGUGCGUCAAGGCCGGCGCGGAGUGUCUGCAUACGGUUCGCACGCGACAGGUCUCGAUACGGACCAGCGGCUACGAGCGACGAGGGUCCAUGGGUUCGGUGUCGCCCCCUAUUGUCUAUCAGCGGCCCACCGACGAUGCCCUCCCCCCCGGACCGGGAGGUAGCCACAUGUACCCGGAUACCAGCACGCGAUCAUCAUACCGCACCACCCCGAUGUCACAAUGCCCAGGCGAAGGUCGAGCAACACAGCAGCAGCAGCACGGAAGGCCGAGCCAUGGGUCAUCACGACGGCAGGACAGCUUCCCUCGCACCAUGGCCGCGGACCCAUCCGGUGCGGAGCUGUCCGCAAUCAGUGGAGGCUUCCCCGGCAUGGUCUUUGCGGGCGUCGAUGCAGGCGUGAAGUCAAACCCCGGGGGGCGCAACAGCAACAUCCCCUUUGGUAUCAGCGAUCACGACCUUUCUUCAUUGAGCCACUGGCCCGAGUGCGACCCUGCCCUGACCAACAUCUUUGGCCAAGAUCUAAGCGACUUGACUAACACCGCCACCACUACCACGGUCCCGGCGAAGAGCACCAGUGCACCUGUCGUCGAAUCAAAUGAGAACCCGAAAGCGACUACACGAGGGCCAACCACGACUACUACGAGUGAUCGGUGUGAAACCAAAGACGAGUGUCUGCAGCGGCUCACCGAGCUGACAUCGCUUCUGCUGAGAUGUUUCAGCCUCACGGAAGACCACCCCGUCGAGCUCGAGGAUCUGCUCGCCUACUCGCCGGGCGGGAAGACCCGUGCCGCCGCCGAAGCCAAUGAGGAAGAGUCCGAAACGGGGAAGAACAUGGUCGGCGUGCUAUUGGAAAGUUCUCAGGUCUUUCUGGAUACCUUAGAGCGUCUCAAGGGACUGCAGACCCCGCCACGGCAAGACAAGCAAAGCGACUGCUCGUCCCCCAGCUCGGAGUACUCCUAUGUUGACUCGCCGGAGGAGAUGGACGUGUUCUCAAACGACGGGACGGCAAAUACGCACGAGUCUCUACCCAUGCCCCACAGGCGCCCGGGGGAUGAAGAUCGGACCGGAGACGGGAUGGAUGAUCUGCUCAAGAGUCCGGGGGCACCUCACUCCCGCAGCCAGGCAGCGACGGCGGCCCCUAUGCUGCUCUCAUCCCAACACAGCGGCUUCUUCAGCAUGCCGACGACCUUCACCAUCAUCAGCUGCUACAUGUGGCUCUUCCGCGGCUACGAGGCCGUCUUUGCCGCCAUCCACAACGCCCUCCUAACGCAAAAGUACCAACGGCAUCAAUGUACACCCGAAAGCAGCAGCAGCAGCAGCAGCAGCACGAACCAGCGACACACCGGCAAGGGCAUGGGGCCGGUGAUAUUGCCCGACAUCAACAUUGGCGGGUUCGGCCUCAACUGCCACCCGCACCUGCAGAUUGAGAUGCUCAUCCACGUCAGCUGCCAGAUGCUGCAGCGGAUUGAGGCCGUGCUGGGCAUCGACCCCGCAUCGCGCGAGAGCACCCUGGCGGAUGCGCAGCAGAAUGGCGUGCUCAACCUGACGAGCGCACCGACGCUGCUUCACACGUUUCUGCACGGCGCCAACAGGGGUGGCGGCGGGGAGGGGCCCAACUCGGCGCGGCUGUCACUGGUCCGCGGGAUUGUGAAGAGCAUCCGGCAUACUUUACGAGGUGGACGUGGUUAG